GGUGAAGAGCCGGGGCUGGAAGAGAGCUGGUGGGCUCCUUCUGAAGAUCCAAGACGCUAAUAGACAGGAGACUCAACCUCUGCCUUUCAUCAUGGGACUGACUUGCCAGGACACAAGCUGUCCUUCAAUGAGCGAACGUAUCAUCUUCCCUGAACUCACAGAACUUCCAGUUCUCACAGGAGCUAAUGCCUGGAGUCUUUCUACUUCCCACAACAGAUGGUUUGGCUACUUCAGGAAAAUGCUGCCCUACAAUUGCCUCAAGACACAAAGACUGGAAGACUUGGCUCCUUGGUUUGGAAGCAGUACUAGCUGAGACUUGAUUCUUCAGAAAUAGACAAGGUCUCAUUCCAGGAGGAUUUUCAUGUAGAAGAGGAGUGGACACCGACUAGGGACACUGAGAACAAGGACCCUAUGAUAUGAAUCAGGAAGGAAACCAGGCCUCUAACUGUGGAUACAGCUGUAGCUAUGGGUUUAAGUGAAUGAAUAACUGGAGUGCAUGCCUGGGCUUGUACACGGGGCUUCGGGCACGCAGAGCGGAUGCAAAUCCCAGAGGGCGCCUGCUGACCAGAGGGCGCCUGCUCCGGCGACAGCUUUGCUCACACGUGGGCACCAACUGCUGCAGGGACGCCCAGCGUCUGCGGGAAGGGGUGGCCUGAAAGGCGGACUGUCCAGGGCCUCCAGGGGUUGGGCUCCCGGCCAGGGGGCGGGACUCAGGCUACCGGUAUAAGAGAGGAGCGCCACUGUCCCGGCCACAGUACUGAAGCUAGCGACUCAUCCGUGACCAGGAGGCAAGAGCACUAAACUUGCAACUCUUGAUCCAGAGUGACUGAAGAAGAGGAAAAGGAGCGCUUCUUCUCGUCACUCCCAGCCCCAGUGUUGCAGGAUGCGGCUCCUCGGGAAACUCCGCGCCUCCACCGCGGGCAGCGCUGCUCCGGAGCCCGCCUUCUCCAAUGUGCUCACCCCGGGUCGCAUCCCUGAGUUCUGCAUCCCGCCGCGGCUGCCAGUGCCCUGCGCGCCUGAAUCCCAGCCCCCGGCCGCCGCUGUGCCGCGGCGGUGCGCAGCCGAGCCCGACCUGUGGCCCGGAGGAGCUGACGACGGCGCGGGGCGCACGGACUGGGACCCGCGCUCGCAGGCCGCCCUCUCGUUGCCGCACCUGCCCCGCGUGCGCACCGCCUAUGGCUUCUGCGCUCUUCUGGAGAGCCCGCACACCCGCCGCAAGGAGUCGCUCUUCCUGGGGUGCCCCAGCGCCUCCACGCUCCUGCACCCUCCCGCCGCCGGGCCCGUGCUCCGCGCGCGGGCCAACACCUACAGCAGCGGAGGAGACGCCCCCAUCGGAUCACCGGGCGGAGGCUCCUCCCGCACCUCCACGGUCCCGGGCGGCCCCCGCCUGCCCCGGAACGCGCUCGCCCCGCGGUCCCGCGGCCGCCGCCUCCUGCGCGCCCCCGAAGUGCUACUGAACCGCGCGCUGCGGGCUCGGAGGAGUCGUGGCCUGGCCCGCGCCCGCUCCGUGUCCAGCGGGGACGAGGACGAGGAGCGUGGCCCUGGCUCCGGGUCCCCAGCCCGGGACCCCUUCACAUCUGCUCCGCAGCCUCCCAACCCACGGCCCGAACGCCUGGAGGCAGAGGGCACCGUGACUCUGGGCCACGCCGGCGGCGCCCUGCGCCUGGCCGCCGAGUACAGUCGGCCAAGCGGGCGCCUCCGCAUCCGGCUGCUCGGUGCCGAGGGCCCCGCGGGAGGAGCGGCUGAGUUCCCCGCCGUCGGCUGCAGCAUCAGCUUCGUCCUGCAGCCGCCGGGCAAGACGCGCCAGCGGCGCAGCGCCGUGGUGCGGCCGAGCUGCAAGGCGGUCUUCGACCAGGACUUUUGCUUCGACGGGCUCUCGGAGGACGAGGUGCGCCGCCUGGCGGUGCGCGUCAAGGCCGAGAACAAAGGCCGCGGCCUGGAGCGGGGCCGCCUGCUGGGCCAGGGCGAGCUGCUGCUGGGCUCCCUCCUGCUGCUCUGAGGGUACACAGGUCUCAGGCCCUGCCUGUGGGGACUCGCUGCUCACUGGGGACUCUCACUCGGACACUGA